CCCGACCCGGGGCAAGCGGCUCCGCCUCCAGAGCCUCAGUGUCCCCAGGGGUAGAAUGCACAGUCUCGGUCCUUCCCCUCGGUGCCCCGCAGCUGCGCCCCCUGUGAAGCGGCGGAUCUGAUUCGGGCUCUGGCUGAGUCUCCUACACCUGGGAAGAGCUCCUCCAGACCGGACGCCGCCGCUCAUGGCUGGCAGAGAAAAAACCUACAUUACCCAGAAGGCUGGGCCCCGCGCCUUGGCGGCCGGCUCUGGGCCAAUGACGGCCCCCGGCGGGGACAUUUUUCCGCGGAGGGCGGGACUUCCGGCUUCCUUGCUGGCGGACGUCACUUGCGUGCGACGGUUCCGUCCACGCCAGCUGUGCGGUGGGCAUUGGCGGUCUGUGGCCGUUUCGAGUGCGCCUCUUCGCGAAUGACCGGAAGGGAGGCUAGGACUCGCCUCCGCUCCUUUGCGCGAGUCGGGAGCCUCCUUGUGAUCGAUCCCUUUUCCCGGGCAGAGAAGACGUGUCGGUCGGCCGAGCCCGCGGGACCCGUCUCAGGGGCCGCCUGUCCCGGCGCCCGCUGUCUCCUCGGGGGCCCAUGAUGGCGGCAGCGUGGAUGGAGGCGGCGCGGGUGAGUGGACGAUGUUGGUGGCACUGCUGCUUCUCUGCUGGUUCAGAAAGGCUCCUGCGCAGGCUGUGGGUGAAGAAAGGCACUAGAACAGGCGAGACGGAACGUACAGGUGGACGACCGACACCCAGUAUAUGAAAGGAGAACUUUGACACACCACCUGCCCAGGAAUCCAAGCCCUUAUCUACAAUCAGCGACCCAGGAAUCCUGCCCAGUUGAAGUCAGACUUGCCAGUAGCCGGAUGUCUAUCCCUAGAGACAGCCCAGGAAGGUGUCUGUGACCUUCGAUGAUGUGGCUGUGACGUUUACCCAGGAGGAGUGGGGACAGCUGGACCCAGCUCAGCGGACCCUGUACCAGGAGGUGAUGCUGGAAAACCGUGGGCUGCUGGUGUCUCUGGGGUGUCCAGUUCCUACACCUGAGCUGAUCUGCCAGCUGGAGCAUGGGCGGGAGCUGUGGAUGGUGAAGAAAGACAUCUCCCAAAGCACCUGUCCAGGUGAGCAGGGAAAGCCCACGACCACAAAACCUACCACUUGUGAGCGAGCCCUGUCUGGUGGAGCCUCAUUCCAGGAACACCUAGCACAAGGAGCUUCAGAGGACUCUCGAUUAGGUCAAACCAAAAAUCAGGAAGGGUCAUUGGAAAUUCAGGAAGGACACUUGAGACCAGAGAUAGAACCCCAAAAGGAGAAGCUCCCGGGGAACCCAGGCUCUGAUCACAGCAGCUUAGGGACAGCUGUUAGUGUGUGUUCACGGGGUGUGCAGGAGGCCUUCUCUGCAGGAGGAGCUGUCCGUGACCAUGACUCAGGCGGAUCAGGUAAAGAUCCCGUGAUCCAGGAAGAGGAAAAUAUCUUUAAGUGCAACGAAUGCGGGAAAGUGUUUAACAAGAAACGUCUCCUUGCUCGACAUGAGAGGAUUCACUCUGGAGUGAAGCCCUACGAAUGCACAGAGUGUGGGAAGACAUUUAGCAAGAGCACUUAUCUCCUUCAACACCACAUGGUGCACACUGGGGAGAAGCCCUAUAAGUGCAUGGAGUGCGGCAAGGCCUUCAACCGCAAGUCACACCUUACACAGCACCAGCGGAUUCAUAGUGGAGAGAAACCUUAUAAAUGCAAUGAAUGCGGAAAGGCCUUCACCCAUCGCUCUACUUUUGUUUUGCAUAACAGGAGCCACACUGGAGAAAAACCCUUUGUGUGCAAGGAAUGUGGAAAAGCCUUCCGAGACAGGCCAGGAUUCAUUCGACACUACAUCAUCCACAGCGGCGAGAAUCCAUACGAGUGCUUUGAGUGUGGCAAGGUCUUCAAACACAGGUCAUACCUCAUGUGGCACCAGCAGACGCACACCGGGGAGAAGCCCUAUGAGUGCAGCGAGUGCGGCAAGGCCUUCUGUGAGAGCGCCGCCCUCAUUCACCACUACGUCAUCCACACCGGGGAGAAGCCCUUCGAGUGCCUCGAGUGCGGGAAGGCCUUCAACCACAGGUCCUACCUCAAGAGGCACCAGCGGAUUCACACCGGGGAGAAGCCCUAUGUGUGCAGUGAAUGUGGAAAGGCCUUUACUCACUGCUCUACUUUUAUCUUGCAUAAAAGGGCCCAUACUGGCGAGAAGCCCUUUGAGUGUAAAGAAUGUGGAAAGGCCUUUAGCAAUCGGGCAGAUCUCAUUCGGCACUUCAGCAUCCACACUGGGGAGAAGCCCUAUGAGUGCACCGAGUGUGGGAAGGCCUUUAACCGCAGGUCGGGCCUGACAAGGCACCAGCGGAUUCACAGUGGCGAGAAGCCCUACGAAUGCCUCGAGUGUGGGAAAACCUUCUGCUGGAGCACAAACCUUAUUCGACACUCCAUCAUCCACACUGGAGAAAAGCCCUAUGAGUGCAGUGAGUGUGGAAAGGCCUUCAGUCGCAGCUCCUCCCUCACUCAGCAUCAAAGGGUUCAUACUGGGCGAAACCCUGUCACCAUGACAGAUGUGGGAAGACCCUUCCCAAGUGGGCAAACCUCAGUCAACCUUCAAGAACUUUUAUUGGGAAAAGAUUUUUUGAAUGUAACCACUGCGGAAAAUCUUUUGCCAGAGGAAACAUCUUACUCAGAAUCUGAUCAUUCAUACCAAAGAGAAACCCCACAAAUUUCUUCCCUGUAAGAAAACUUGUUGCAGAAUAUCAUUUGUCCCCUAGAGUCAUAUUGGAAAUUGACCCAGCCUAGAGCCUUAUUCUACAUCGGAGAUUUCAUCCAGAAGAGAGACUCAGUGGUUGUUAAUGCACUUGGGAAAACCUUCAGUUCCAUCUUUCUUCUUAGUUUACACUGCAGUGUUAUCUCAGGAAUAUUUUCUUAAAAAAAGAAGGGAGAGACUCAAAAUAGAAAGUGAACUGCAAAAAAAGUUUCUUUUAGAUGUCCUUGCCAAGCUAUGGCACUUUGUCAUGGAUUCCCUAGUUUUCUUGGCAGGAGGAGAGUUUUUCUGUGGUAAAGGACCUAGACUGUAUGUGCUUGUAUAUACAUUAAUUGCUAUCCUGUGUAAGGAGAGUUAGGCAGAUCUGGAAACAUCCAUAGAACAUCUUUGUUCUAAAACCUUUUCUUUUUUUUUUUCCUGCACCUGAGGUAUACAGAAAUUCCCAGGCCAGGGAUCAAAUUCAAGUCACAGCAGUGACAUCGCCAGAUCCUUAACCACUGGGCCACCAAGCAACUCCCAUUGUCUUUAUUCUUAUGGACCUUAAUUUUUGUGAGAAAUACUGGUUUGAGCUAUCAAAAACAUUUACAUGUAAAGAGAUAAGAAUUCACAUAUGAAAGGACAUGUUCUCUUGCACCAGUUAGGACUGUUUCAUCUUUGAUUUUUAAAUGACAAACCUGUGGUCUUAAAGACCUAAUACUCAGACUUUUUACUGGUCCUGUACUAUUUUUGGUUUACUCAGUUGCUGUAGUUAUGUGGUAAACCUUUCAAUUGAGUAAAGUGAUUCCUCUCUCAUUAUUACCAUUUAAAAUUGAGGAGUUCCUGCUGUGGCAUGGUGGGUUAAAGAUCCAGCAUUG